GUGGAGAGGAAGCGAAAGGCUGACCGAGGGAGAGGGAGGAGCCUUCCCCGGAAGUCCCGCCUUUCUCCCGGAAGUAGUUUUGUUGCGGAUGUGAUGGCUUCAAGGUUACUUUGCGGAGUUGGAGCGCUGGGCGCGCAGGCCUUGAGGGCCCGCGGCCCCAGUGUGGCGGCUGCCGUCCGGUCCAUGGCUUCUGGAGGUGGUGUCCCCACUGAUGAUGAGCAGGCAACUGGCCUGGAAAGGGAGGUCAUGCGGGCUGCCAAGAAGGGACUGGACCCCUACAAUAUACUACCCCCAAAGGCGGCUUCAGGCACCAAUGAAGACCCUAACUUAGUCCCAUCCAUCACCAACAAGCGAAUAGUGGGCUGCAUCUGCGAAGAGGACAACAGCACUGUCAUUUGGUUCUGGCUGCACAAAGGCGAGACUCAGCGGUGCCCGAACUGUGGAACCCAUUACAAGCUAGUACCCCACCAGCUGGCCCACUGAGUCCCCGAGUGGACUCACUCAGAAUGUGCUGUGAAGUCUGUUUCCAAUAAAGACCAGCCGGGCAUCGGCUCCUCCCAUCA